UCGGCCUAUAAUAAUUCAUACCAACUCUUUAUAUAUACCAAGACACUGAUCUACACUCAAAUCAAUCUCACUAAGUAGCUGCACUGCUAUUUCUUGGCUUCUUUCUUCCGAGCAACAUGGCUUCAAGAGCUCUGCUCCUCGCGCUAGCCUGUUUUCUUCUAGUUAACACUAAGGUUUCAUCACAACGGGACGAAGAAAUCCUUGUUGAGAAUGCGGCACUAGUCUCCCCCGGAAGUCCAAUUUACAAGAGUUCACCCCCACCCCCAUCACCAUCACCAUCACCACCCAAGUCCUCACCCCCACCUCCGUUGGUCAAGACUGCACCACCACCUCCUCCUGCGGUGGUCAAAACACCACCAUCACCGCCUCCGGUGGUCAAGACACCACCACCACCACCUCCCACUGCAAAACCACCAAGAAACAGACAAGAGUGCACUCCGCUGUGUGCAGUGAGGUGCAAGUUCCACUCAAGGCAGAACAUUUGCAUGAGAGCUUGCCUGACAUGCUGCGACAGAUGCAAAUGUGUUCCUCCAGGACAAUACGGCAACCACGACAAGUGCGGCAAAUGCUACGCCGGCAUGACCACACGGGGUGGCCGCCGCAAGUGCCCAUGAUCGGGAACCUUCCUUUCACUUCACAUUCAUUAUAUUCUCUCAUAGCAGCUACACAAAUUAAUGUUGUCUUGUCUGAGCUAAUUAAAUGUAUGCUACUUUGUGUCCCAAACAAAAACAUUAAUAAGUUUCCCUAAAGAUGUCAAUAAAUCUUUGUUUCUGUGUUUUGUCAAAUCUUCAUCUGUUGUACUUUUCCUUCCUUAGAAAUUCAUCUUAGAAUUGGUGUAA